AUGACGCCAUCGAUUGAAGCAGCGUAUCGUGUGCUCGAUAUUUCAAAGGUUUUCUUCAUAGAUCAGGAUGACGACAUGUUCUUUACAACGCUCCGCGAAAUGAAUCUCAAAAACAUCACAUUAUAUGUAGACGAGAAAAGAUUGAAAGAUUCCUUAUUUACUAUCGACAGAGAUGCUGGACUUGAUCUAAAAGAAUCAAAUCCAACACCAACAGAUUUGGAAUCUCUUAUCGAAUACGCCAAUGAACUUCUACUACCACUUGCAGAAGCAUGUAUUUCAUUGGAUGGUAUUGUUCAUAAUCUAUCGUUCUACAUCCAAAUGGCAGUUGAAGAAACACCAAAAGAACCAUCAGAUAACUUAACAAUUGAUGAAAAUACAGCCAUUCGUCUGUAUUCAGUUGAAUGGACAGCACCUCAUCGUAGUCUUGAUUCAAUGCUCAAUUAUACAUUACAAACAUGUUCUCGUUCUGAACUUCAACCUUAUUUCAAACAUAUAAAACUUUUCCUCAUUCCUCUCACUAAAUUACUAUAUAUUCCACCAUUGACUGUGUGGAGAAGUAUGGUGAAAAAUUUAAGCGCAGACUUCUUUCCUGGUACACCAGUGACAUGGUGGGAAGAUAAUAUGUAA